AUGGCACCAAUGUCAGUGGGUAACGGUGCGACACUGCCGGUUACAUUUCGAGCGUUAGAGGAAAAUCUGAAGAUCGACCGCCGAGUAACACGAUUUGUCCUACCACUUGGCGCCACAAUCACUAUGGACGGUACAGCUCUUUAUGAGGCAGUUGCUGUAAUUUUUAUUGCUCAACUCCACAACAUUAAGCUCACUCUUCUCGAGUUGCUAACAAUUAGUGUAACCACCACUGUCGCCUCAAUUGGUUCUGGUUCGGUGCCAGCAGGACUGGACACAAUUGUCAUCGUGCUAACCACUGUCGGAUUACCAGCAAAAGAUCUCAGCUUGUUGCUCACCGUUGACUGGUUACUUGAUCGGAUUCGAACCUCAGUGAACGUUCUCGGUGAUGGUUUUGGAGCUGGGAUUAUUCAUCAUUUGACUCGUGAUAGUCUUGUGGAGGCCGAUAACGAGGAACUCAUUCGUCAGAUCAAAGAGGAUAUACGUUAG